UGAUAAAUUAUUAAAAGCGGGAAAUCAAGAUGGAAGAGGAGUCUAAACUACAAAUUCCCUACAUACCAUUUUAUGAAGAGCUUACCUUCUUAAAAAAAUUCUGAGGGUUCGACAAGUCAACACCAAGCAAAAUUAUUAACUUGGACGAACUAGAAACCCUAUGCUUCAAGAGAGUUGCAUGUCUUAAGUUAGUAGAAAUGGAAUCAGAGGUAGGAGAUGAAUUUGAAAAGAUCCACCAGAAACUACUUUCUAAAUUAGCAAAGCAGGAUAUUGAUCUUAAACUAUACGAUGGAAACCCUGAACACAAAAAGAGCAUAGACAAUGAUAUAAUUGCCCAUUUCAUGCUGAGGUUGGCUUAUUGCAGAAAUGAUGACUUCAGAAGAUGGCUCUCAGUUCAAGAAACUAGACUCUUCAAGCAUGUCCUCUUUGCUCAUACAUCUAAGAACGAACUACUCCUUAAGAAUUUACUUGAAGAAAAGAACAUCAAGUAUGAUCAAGUUCCUGUAGAUGAAUGGGAGGCUCUGAAAUACAAGAUCGCUUGGGAUAAAAUUUCUUAUUCAGAUAAAGAAACACUUGAGAGAAAAUCCGCAGAAUUGAAAGCUACUGUAAAUGAGACUGAAAAAGAGCAGCUUUUAUUAGAUAUUAAGAACAUUAGAAGCAAGCAGAAUUCUUUAAGAACGCAAUAUUGCAGGUUUAGCUUUACAUCCGCACUAGCCUUAGUAGGCACCAGAAGAUGAUUUGUGCAUCAAGGGAAUAUAUACCUGCAUAUUUCACAGCUAUUCACAAUUAUCUCAGAGGAGUUUAGGAAUGAGCUCAAAGAAGCUCUAAUUUACUCCAAUAGACACUUACCUCUUAUUGCUAAAGACCAGAGAUUAGCAGAGCUGUUGAAGUAUGUUUCCAGGAAGGAACUUCUUGAUUUUGAGUAUGAUGAGAAAUCAAAUGUGAGAGGGUCGGUUAACUUAGCUAAUAUUGAUACUUUUGCAAGAUCUGCCCAUUACCCACCAUGUAUGAAGGUUCUUCAUAGCAAGCUUACAGAUAACCAUCACUUGAGGCACUUUGGAAGGCUUCAAUAUGGACUUUUUAUUAAAGGAAUUGGACUAAAUUUAGAAGAGAGUAUGAGCUUCUGGAAGAGAAAAUUUGCAGGAAAAAUCAACGGUGAAAAGUUUGAUAAGGAAUAUGCCUAUAAUGUCAGACAUAGUUUUGGUAAAGAAGGAAAAAGAACUGAUUACACACCUUGGUCAUGCAGUAAGAUCAUUAGUCAAAUUCCUGGAUCUGGUGAAUACCAUGGAUGCCCUUUUAAGUACUUUAAAGACGAGACAUUAAGCGAUUUCUUGACUAAAAAGUAUGAUAUUCAAUCAAGAAACUUACUAGAAAUCAUGGAAAAGAAGAGAGAAGGAGCUGCCCAAGUAGCAUGCAUCAAACUUUGGGACGCCACUCAUAAAAUCGACACUAAAGACAAUGUUGGAAACCAUCCAAACGCUUAUUUCAGUUGCUCUCUCCAAUCCGCUGAAGAAGCAAAAUCAAAAGGACUUACAAAAUAAGUUAUUUAACCUUCAAUUUUAA